AUUCAAUUUAAUUUUAGAAUUAGUUAACCAUAGUGUGUUGUUUAUUACAGAGAUUGGAAAAUGGUGUCAAUAAUAAUCCGCUUCAUAUUUUUAGUUGGAAUUCAUAUAAUAUCUGCCGAAAGUUGCAUAGCGAAAGAUUUUGGUAACGGUUCUCCUAUUUGUGUUUGUAAUUCUACUCACUGUGAUACUUUGGAAAGUAUCGCAAAAGUAAGUGCACCAAACUAUAUUGGAUAUGCUUCAAAUAAAGAAGGACUAAGAUUUGCAAAAGAAAACGGCAAAUUUGAAACAUCGAAAGAUGAUGCCAAAAAUAUCAUUUCAAUUGGAACAGAAACGUUUCAAGAGAUAUUUGGUUUCGGAGGCGCAUUCACAGAUUCAACUGGUUUUAACAUCAAAUCACUGACAGAAGACCUUCAAGAGAAAAUUUUGAGAGCGUACUACACCGAAGAAGGACUUGAAUAUAAUACUGGGAGAGUCCCAAUAGGAGGAACUGACUUUUCUACUCACGGGUAUUCAUACUGCGAUACUGAAAAUGAUGAACCAGAUCCAGAAUUGAAACACUUCAAUCUAACACAAGAUGAUUAUGAUUAUAAGAUUCCAGUGAUCCAGAAAGCUCAAGAACUCACCAAAGGUGAAUUAAAACUUUUCGGUGCCGCCUGGAUCGCUCCGGAUUGGAUGAAAACAGUCCCAGGUGUUUUGGCACGAAAUUCAUUUAUCAAAGAAGAAAUGUAUCAAUCAUGGGCCGAUUAUGUUAAAAAAUUCUUAGAUUUUUAUAAAAAAGAAGGCAUCAGUUUCUGGGGUGUAUCAACUGGAAAUGAACCAACGACAGAUUUGUUUCCCAAUAAAGUACCAAGUAUCGCAUGGUAUUCAGAGCAAAUGAAAAAAUGGAUCCGUGAAAAUUUAGGACCAACAAUGAGAUCAUCAGAUCAUUCAGACAUCAAGAUUAUGGCCAAUGACGAUUCCAUAAUGUCAUUACCAAGUUUGAUAGAACAGUUGUUUUCGGAUGAGCAAGUUAAGAAAUAUGUCGAUGGUACCGCAGUUCAUUGGUAUAUGGACAAUUUAAUCAAUGCCAACGUUUUGAACGAAACUCACAAUGAAUUCCCAGAUAAAUUUAUUUUAUAUACAGAAGCAUGCAACGGUUACAUUAUAAAUCGCCCUAUUUUGGGAAGCUGGGACGGAGCAGAAAGUUACGCCAGUAAUAUUAUUAGAAAUUUGAAUCAUUGGUCUAUAGGAUGGACAGAUUGGAAUAUGGCACUAAAUAUGGAAGGUGGACCAACGUGGACCACAAAUUACGUCGACUCACCGAUAAUUGUGAAUGCUGAGGAAAAUGAAUUUUAUAAACAACCAUAUUUUUAUGCUCUAGGGCAUUUUUCGAAGUUUUUCACUAGAAAUUCUGUCCGCUUACAAGUAACUGCAGAUGUAUCUAGUGUCGAGGUCGCUGCUGUGAAACGACCAGAUAACGGAGUUGCAGUUGUUAUACUGAAUAAGAACAGCGAAUCUGUGGACGUGACUCUUCGGAACGAAAAAGGAGAUGCUACUCUUACUUUGACCGCUAAAUCAAUAAACUCUGUAAUUUAUUGGUAAAUAAAUCUAUUUGUUUGAAA